CAAGCUACUGGAUACAGGUGCAUCGCUUGGAGCACGGAGAUGGAGGGAUACUAGACCUGGAUGACACCCUCUGUGAUGUAGCCGAUGAUAAAGACCGGCUGGUAGCUGUGUUUGAUGAGCAAGACCCACAUCAUGGAGGUGAUGGCACCAGCGCCAGCUCCACAGGGACCCAGAGUCCAGAGAUAUUUGGUAGUGAGCUUGGUACCAACAACGUGUCCGCCUUCCAGCCUUAUCAAGCAACAAGUGAAAUUGAGGUCACACCUUCAGUCCUUCGUGCAAACAUGCCUCUUCAUGUCCGCCGGAGCAGUGACCCAGCAUUAGUUGGCCUUCCAACAUCUGUCAGUGACAAUGACUUCUCUGAGGAGCCGUCCAGGAAAAACCCCACUCGCUGGUCCACAACAGCUGGCUUCCUCAAGCAGAAUGCUGCUGGGAGUCCCCAAACCUGCGACAGGAAGAAAGAUGAAAACUACCGAAGCCUGCCAAGGGACACCAGUACCUGGUCUACUCAAUUUCAGCGAGACAAUGCCCGCACCUCUCUGAGUGCCAGCCACCCCAUGGUGGACAAGUGGCUGGAGAAACAAGAACAGGAGGAGGAUGGGUCAGCAGAAGACAGCAGCCGAGUGGAGCCAGUUGGCCACGCAGACACCGGCUUGGAGAGCGUAACCAGCUUUUCUCUGGAUGAUAUGGUAAAGCUCGUACAAGUCUCCAACGAUGGAGGGCCUCUGGGAAUCCAUGUAGUGCCUUUCAGUGCGCGAGGCGGCAGAACUCUGGGGUUAUUAGUAAGACGCUUGGAGAAAGGUGGCAAAGCUGAACAAGAAAACCUUUUUCAUGAGAAUGACUGCAUUGUAAGAAUUAAUCAUGAUGAUCUUCGGAACAGAAAGUUUGAAGAGGCACAACAAAUGUUUCGCCAUGCCAUGCGUGAACCCAUCAUUUGGUUCCAUGUGGUUCCGGCUGCAAAUAAAGAGCAGUAUGAACAACUAUCCCAAAGUGAGAAGAGCAACUACUAUUCACGCUGCUUCAGUCCUGAGAGCCAGUACUUGGACAACAGGAGCGUGACCAGUGCCAGGCCCCAUGCGCUGCCCCGAGCGUCCACCCUGAACCCCCCGCCUGAGCAGAUGGGUGCUCACCCGAGACUACCUCACAGCACGCACCCCUCGGCCAAGCCGCCCGCAGCCCCUGGCCCCCACGGUGUAUUUAGCCCAAGUGCAAGCAGCGGGUAUAACACCAAGAAAGUGGGCAAGAGGCUCAAUAUCCAGCUUAAGAAAGGUACGGAAGGUCUGGGGUUCAGCAUCACUUCCCGAGAUGUGACAAUUGGAGGCUCAGCUCCAAUUUAUGUGAAGAACAUCCUCCCGCGAGGGGCGGCCAUCCAGGAUGGCCGGCUGAAGGCUGGAGACAGACUUAUAGAGGUGAAUGGAGUAGACUUGGCAGGCAAAUCCCAGGAGGAAGUGGUUUCCCUGCUGAGAAGCACCAAGAUGGAGGGGACCGUGAGCCUUCUGGUCUUUCGCCAGGAAGACGCUGCCUUUCACCCAAGGGAACUGAAUGCAGAGCCAAGCCAGAUGCAGAUUCCAAAAGAAACGAAAGCCGAAGAGGAGGAUAUCGUUCUCACCCCCGAUGGUACCAGGGAGUUUCUGACAUUUGAAGUUCCGCUUAAUGACUCAGGGUCUGCUGGUCUUGGGGUCAGUGUCAAAGGUAACCGGUCGAAAGAGAACCACGCAGAUUUGGGAAUCUUCGUCAAAUCCAUUAUUAAUGGAGGAGCAGCUUCUAAAGAUGGGAGGCUGCGGGUGAACGAUCAACUGAUAGCAGUAAAUGGAGAAUCCCUGUUGGGCAAGACAAACCAAGAUGCCAUGGAAACCCUGAGAAGAUCUAUGUCCACUGAAGGAAAUAAACGAGGAAUGAUCCAGCUGAUUGUGGCGAGGAGAAUAAGCAAGUGCCAUGAGCUGAGGUCACCUGGGAGCCCCCCUGGACCUGAGCUUCCCAUCGAAACCGUGCUGGAUGACAGAGAGCGGAGAAUUUCCCAUUCGCUCUACAGUGGCCUCGAGGGGCUCGAGGAAUCACCCACCAGAAACGCUGCGCUCAGUAGGAUAAUGGGUAAAUACCAGCUGUCCCCCACCGUGAACAUGCCCCACGAUGACACUAUCAUUAUAGAGGAUGACAGGUUACCUGUGCUUCCUCCUCAUCUCUCUGACCAGUCCUCUUCCAGCUCACAUGAUGAUGUGGGAUUCGUGACAACAGAUGCCUCUGUGUGGGCUAAGGCUGCAAUCAGCGACUCAGCCGACUGCUCUUUGAGUCCAGAUGUGGAUCCGGUUCUAGCAUUUCAGCGGGAAGGAUUUGGACGCCAGAGUAUGUCAGAAAAACGCACAAAGCAGUUUUCAGAUGCCAGUCAAUUGGAUUUCGUUAAAACACGAAAAUCAAAAAGCAUGGAUUUAGGUAGUUCCCCCAGCAGAGAUGUGGGACCCUCCCUGGGCCUGAAGAAGUCAAGCUCCUUAGAGAGUCUGCAGACAGCAGUUGCUGAGGUGACCCUGAAUGGGGACAUUCCCUUCCAUCGCCCCCGGCCACGGAUCAUCAGAGGGAGGGGCUGCAAUGAGAGCUUCCGCGCGGCCAUCGACAAGUCCUAUGACAAGCCCGCGGUAGAUGACGACGAAGGCAUGGAGACCCUGGAAGAAGACACAGAGGAAAGUUCCAGGUCAGGGAGAGAGUCUGUCUCUACAGCCAGCGACCAGCCAUCACACUCUCUGGAAAGACACAUGAAUGGAAACCAAGAAAAAGGGGACAAAGCUGAUCGGAGAAAAGACAAAGCUGGAAAGGAGAAGAAGAAAGAUCGAGAGAAGGACAAGGAUAAGAUGAAGGCCAAGAAGGGGAUGCUGAAGGGGUUGGGAGACAUGUUCAGGUUUGGCAAACAUCGGAAAGAUGACAAGAUUGAGAAAACGGGUAAAAUAAAAGUGCAGGAGCCCUUUCCGUCAGAAGAGGAGAGGAGUCAAAUGAAGCGGGAGCAGGAGAGGAUCCAAGCCAAAACUCGAGAAUUCAGGGAGCGACAAGCCCGGGAGCGUGACUACGCUGAAAUCCAAGAUUGCCAUCGGACGUUCGGCUGUGAGGAUGAGCUAAUGUACGGGGGAAUGUCAUCCUACGAAGGGCCCCUGGCUCUCAGCGCCAGGCCACAAAGUCCCCGAGAGGGGCAUGUGAUGGAUGCUCUGUAUGCACAAGUGAAAAAGCCUCGGAAUUCCAAAGCUUCGCCUGUGGACAGCAACAGAUCGACUCCCAGCAACCACGACCGGAUACAGCGUCUGCGGCAAGAAUUUCAACAAGCGAAGCAGGAUGAAGAUGUUGAAGAUCGGAGACGUACCUACAGCUUUGAGCAGCCCUGGCCUGGCUCCCGACCGGCAGCACAGAGUGGCAGGCACUCGGUGUCCGUGGAGGUGCAGGUCCAGAGGCAGCGGCAAGAGGAGCGCGAGAGCUUCCAGCAGGCCCAGCGCCAGUACAGCUCCCUGCCUCGGCAGAGCAGGAAGAAUGCCAGCUCGGUGUCCCAGGACUCCUGGGAACAGAAUUAUCCCGCUGGCGAGGGCUUCCAGAGUGCCAAGGAGAACCCCCGGUACUCCAGCUACCAGGGCUCCAGAAACGGCUACCUGGGUGGGCAUGGCUUCAAUGCCAGGGUCAUGCUGGAGACCCAGGAGCUCCUGCGCCAGGAGCAGCGGCGGAAAGAGCAGCAGAUGAAGAAGCAGCCCUCACCCGAGGGCCCCAGCACCUAUGACUCAUACAAAAAAGUGCAGGACCCCAGCUGUCCCCCGCCCAAGGGGCCCUUCCGGCAGGAUGUGCCCCCAUCCCCCUCUCAGGUCGCCAGGCUGAACAGACUCCAGACUCCUGAGAAAGGGCGGCCCUUCUACUCCUGAGUGCGAACAGGGCCAUUUCACAUCAUGCAAUAAAGGACGCUUUCCUAUGAAGACUUGUAUUUUGGGAGAUUUUUUUUUUUUAAAUAACCUCGAUGGUACUAUGGAAUAUUUCUGUUGUUGGUAUCAGUGCCUUUAUGAAAUGUGGGCAAAGAAGUAGAAGGCCUUAAUGUCUUUGCCACUGCAUCUCAAGUGUCUAGUUCAUGGAAGGAUCUCCACCCUGACAAUCAUCCCUCUGAGGCGUUUGUCCACCCUGCAUCUCUCUGGAGCUCUGGGGUCCUGGCCCCGGCGUAGAAUGGCCAUGGCUUUGUUCCUGCAGCCUACUGUACCUGAGGUGAUGGGCUCACCUGAAGCUGAAAUGUCAUUGAUCCCUCUUUUCCACCUGCUGUCUCUCAGCUCAGAGCAAUAGCUCAGUCUCGGGUGGGUAAAAGUGGACAACAUGCUCCAGAACUGGGGCUUUCUAGGACUUCCCAGCACAGUCCUUUAUUUGUAGCCAGUAUGAUUUUCUGUUUUCUUUCUCAGCUCCUUGAAAAAGGAAUGCUCCGUCCUUCUCUUACAGACACUAAGCCAUAUGCCAGCGCUGUUUGGUUAGUGCGGUCCUUUUGUAACUGCCUUAUACCUUUCCCAAUGCAGUGAUGAUUCAAGUCUGUUUUUAUAAAUACACUUGUUUGGUCACUUUCCCAACGUGUGUUGGGGCAACAGCGAUCUGCACGGGGAAUGGGGACACAGGGGUGACCUGGGUGGGGACUGGGCCUGCCUCAGGCCCUGUGGGCACCUGAGGUAAAAAAGGAGCUGAGAAAGGAAUGAACGCUCCCAGGUGGAGCUGUGGGCCGGUGCACUCCAAGCAUUAUUUGAAUUCUUUUUUGUUGUGGCAAGCAGGGCGGAGAAGGAAAAGCAUAUGCAUCAGCCAUGUUUGCACUGUAAGAAC